CGUGCUCAAAGCUAUGGAUGACUUCUACCUCAAGUGAACUUUCUUAAAUUCGUUCGCGCAUUCAUUUAUCUGCCUGGUGCCAAAGAAGGAUGUGAUUGAUGACAUGACUGAUUUCAAGCCGAUCAGUUUGAUUGGAAGCCUGACCAAGGCAAUCUCCAAAGUGCCCAACGCUCGACUCCAGCCUUCAUGGGUUCUGCGAUCUCCAAAUAUCAGUUUUCUGGAACUAGGGGAAGACAGAUCCAUGAAGUUGUUUUCCUCGCAAAUGAAUUAAUUGAUAGCCGUAGGAAAAGUGGGAAGCCUAGCAUGGUGGUAAAGCUCGACAUAGCAAAGGAAUUUGACACAAUUAAUUGGGAGUUCCUGUGUAUUGAGAUGAGUAAUUAGUCACAUUGAUUAAUUAUGUGAACCAUUUUGUAAUUUGCCUCUUAUGCUAGAGCUGCCCUAGUUUACUGUCGUUGGGUACUUAUAUUUGGCUCUAGCAUAAUGGUUUUGUAACUGGAAUACGGCGCAGCCACUUUCUGCUGUUGCUUAGUAAACACCAAUCGAGAGCUCUGUUCUCCGUGGAUUAGUCCUGUUCAAUUGAACAGGGAUACCACGUAAAUCGUGCGUCGUUUCCUUUCCGCGUUUUACUUAUUUUCAUGGUAUCAGAGCUGUGAUCCUGUUUUGUGAUCAUGACGAAGGACGGAGAUACUUCAGACGGCAAGAAGGCUGCUGCCGAUCUGGAUUCUAUACCACACAAUUCUCCCUUUUACCUGCAUCCGUCAGAGAAUCCUGGGCAACUGUUCGGAGGUGAUCUCCUUUCAGAUUCGAACUAUGGUGAGUGGGUCAAUGAUAUGUCGGAAACCCUCAUCGCGAAGAAAAAGAUGAAUUUCGUUGAUGGAACGUUGCCGCGAUCAGCGGCGGACACCAGAGUUAAAGAGGACGCUUGGGACCAAUGUGAUGCAAUGGUGAAAGGGUGGUUGAAGACGGCUAUGACUAAAGAGGUUCGGAAUAGUGUUCGUUCGGCUAAGACGGCACGAGAAAUCUGGACAGACCUACAGCAGCGAUUUGGAGCAAGUUCAGCAAUGAGAGCCUAUGAUCUUCGGGGUCGGAUCGUUUCUCUUAGGCAGGGAAAGUCUUCUGUUUCGGCGUUUUACACAAACCUUCGAACUUUGUGGGAUGAGCUUCAGUCCGUGAGCAUCAAUCCACGUUGCAGCUGUGGCAAUUGCGGCUGUGAUAUAGGCAGGCAGAUGCGAGAAAAGCAGGAGGGUGAGCGCCUAAAUGAUUUCCUUCUAGGCCUGGACGAUGGCUUCUCGAUUGUCCGAAGUCAAAUCCUAAGCACCCGACCUACUCCCACUUUGGCAGAGGCGUACCAACAAGUGGCAGCGGAGGAACAACAGCGGAUGAUUACAAAUGGCCGUCGCCCGACUGUUGAGACCGCAGCUUACCAGGCGCGCAACGAGAAGGAUCGCGAUGGUGGUGAAGAGCCGGUUCGUUGCACUAAUUGCAACAAGCUUGGCCACCUGCGAGAGCAGUGCUUCCGGCUGAUUGGGUAUCCUUCUGACUUUGGGAAAAAUCGUAAGAAACAGAAGGGUGAGAGCAGCGCGCGAGCAGCCCAUGUUGAUGCCGAAGAGAGCCCCAUACCAGGACUCACGGCGUCACAGUUUGCUCAAUUGAAGCAAUUUCUUUCAGCACCUGCGCCCGUCACUCCGGAUCCCACUGCACAUAUGGCCGGUAAUACUAUUGACUUCGAUGAAUGGCUCAUUGACUCUGGUUGCAAUGAGCAUAUAGUUAGUGACGUGAAUUGGUUUGAUAAAGUUAACUAUUCAUCUGAUCACUCACCAGUUCGUAUUCCUAAUGGAAAAUAUAUACCAGUAGAGGGUGUUGGUUCGGUGCCUCUAAAUUCGAAGCUCACCUUGAAUCGUGUUCUUCUCGUACCUCAAUUCAAGUGCAACUUAUUGUCUGUGAGUCGGCUAAUCAGGGAUAAUGAUGUAGCUUUGCUUUUCUUGGGACAUGUUUGCGUACUUCAGGACUUACGCUCCAAGACCGUGAUUGGAUUGGGCCGCCUCCGUGAUGGUUUAUUCUACUUACCUCGCGAAGAGAAGAUGCAAAGAGAGGCUGGGGUUUCAACCGCAAUGGCAGCAGCACGGAAGGGAAGUCAGACUCUUUGGCAUCAUCGUUUGGGACACCCCUCUUUUGAGAGAAUGUCACUUUUGAAGGAUUUUCUUAGUUGUCAAGAACACAGUUGGUUUAAGUCGCAUUGUGAUUCUUGUAUGCGUGCCAAACAGACUCGCACGCCCUUUCCAUCUAGUUCUAUUAAAACAUCCAGUUGUUUUGAGUUAAUUCACAUUGAUCUUUGGGGCGGAUACAAGACCCCUUCUAUAGAUGGCUCGCACUUUUUCUUGACAGUGGUGGAUGAUUAUAGCCGCACUACUUGGGUCUAUCUCCUGAGGUAUAAGUCUGAUGCGGAGAAGUAUAUUCGCCUGUUUUGUGAAAUGGUGCGCACGCAGUUUCAGACACAGGUUCGCCUGAUACAGUCUGAUAAUGGACUGGAGUUCCAAACGAAUUCUCUCAAGGACUACUAUGCCGAUAAUGGGAUUUUACUUCAAACUUCAUGCGUUAAUACUCCGCAGCAGAAUGGGGUCGCUGAACGCAAGCACCGUCAUCUUCUGGAAACAGCACGAGCUCUACGUUUUCACUCGGGCUUACCUGUUCGUUUCUGGGGAGAAUGUGUAUUGACUGCCACCUAUCUCAUUAAUCGGUUGCCUUCUUCUGUUUUAGGUAACAAAACUCCGUUUGAGGUUUUGCUCGGUCGCCCGCCAACUUAUGAUCAUGUUCGGACCUUUGGCUGCUUGGUCUAUGCCAAGAACACUCAACAUGGUCUCGAUAAGUUCGCGGAUCGCGGACGUCGCUGUGUUUUUGUUGGCUACCCUCUCGCACAGAAGGGGUAUCGGGUCUAUGAUUUGGAAUCUCGCCGCAUUUAUUCUUCCCGAGACGUUUUCUUUGUGGAGAAUGAGUUUCCGUUCCUGGCUUCUUCGGCCGAGGGCAUUUCAUCAUCGCCUGCCCCUACUAUCACCCCGCCGGUCUUCUUUGAGGGGGAGCACCCACUUGAUCAGCUUGUUGCUGAUCGUGAGUUGCAUGCGGCUGAAUUGAGUGGUGAACUAGCUGCCACCCAAGAGAGCCCAACCGCCACCCAAGUUGCUCCUCAUGCACCUUCCCACGUGCAUGGGCAUGCACCAGAAUCAUCACCUCCCAUUAUGGAGCAUUCUUCUCCUGGAACUUCCGUCGAAGAGCCUCCCAUCCUUCCUCGCCGUGGCUUGCGUGAACGCCGCCCUCCUGCGAAGCUGGAUAUCUAUGCCACUGAUCUCCCUGGCGGUAGCUCCCAUGCAGCCGCUACUUAUCCCAUUGCUAACUACGUGAGUUAUGAUCGGUUCACUCCAGCUCACAAGGCCUACCUGGCUGCUAUUUCUAAGCUUGACGAGCCUCGUCAUUUUCGCGACGCUGUUCUUCAUGCAUAUUGGCGCGAGGCCAUGCAAAAAGAGGUAUUGGCUUUGGAAGCAAAUGGUACCUGGACUUUGGAAUAUCUUCCCCCAGGGAAGCGAGCUAUUGACUCAAAAUGGGUGUACAAAAUUAAGUAUCACCCCGAUGGGACUGUUGAACGCUACAAGGCUCGGUUAGUCGCCAAAGGAUUUACUCAACAGGAAGGCAUUGAUUUUCAUGACACCUUCGCACCGGUGGCGAAACUCGUCACUGUUCGCAUUCUCAUAGCUCUUGCCGUACAACGUGGUUGGGAAAUGCAUCAACUCGAUGUUAAUAACGCUUUUCUACACGGUGAUCUGCAGGAGGAAGUUUAUAUGAAGGUUCCUCUCGGUUUUCAACAAGAAGGUGAUACCCGGGUGUGUCGGUUGCGAAAGUCGUUAUAUGGGUUGCGUCAGGCCUCUCGGAAUUGGUACCAGAAGUUUACCUUGGCCCUUACUGAGCUGGGUUUCACUGCUUCCCGUGCCGAUCACUCGCUUUUUCUAUACCGUAAAGGGGAAACUUUUGUUGCUGCUCUCAUUUAUGUGGAUGACGUGGUCCUUACGGGUAACGAUUCAGUUUUCAUUUCCCGUGUGAAGACUUUCUUGGAUUCUCGCUUUAGCAUCAAGGAUUUGGGCCCGUUGAAGUACUUUUUGGGCAUCGAGGUUGCUCGAUCUCCUGAAGGCGUUGUUCUCAGCCAACGUAAAUACACCCUUGACAUUCUGAAGGAUGCUGGUGUCACUGGGGCCCACCCUAGUCGUUUUCCCAUGGAGCAGAAUCAUACUCUCACUCGGCCGACUGAUCAGAUCAUUUCUGACGUUCGCUCCUAUCGUCGGCUGGUUGGACGUCUGUUAUAUUUGACUGUCACUCGUCCGGACAUUGCUUAUGCUGUAAAUGUGCUUAGCCAGCAUGUUCAUGCCCCUAGCCCGGACCACGUUGCUGCUGCCACGCGUAUACUUCGCUACUUGAAGACUGCGCCUGGGCAAGGUUUGUUUUUCCCUUCCUCGGGGUCUCUUACCUUCACGGCUUAUUGUGAUUCUGAUUGGGCAGGUUGUCAGUCUACACGUCGUUCUACCACUGGUUACUACAUUCAGCUCGGCUCUGCACCGGUUUCUUGGCGGACCAAAAAGCAACGGGUCGUUGCUCGCUCCUCUGCAGAGGCGGAAUAUCGUGCCAUGGCCAGCACCAUUAGUGAAAUCAUCUGGUUACGGCACCUGCUGACCGAGUUAGGCGCUCCGCAGAUGGCCGCUACUCCUCUCUACUGCGAUAACCAGGCAGCUCUACAUAUUUCUGCGAACCCAGUUUUUCAUGAGCGUACAAAGCAUGUGGAGAUGGACUGUUACUUUGUUCGGGAGCGUGUUAUCUCUGGUGAUGUCGAGCCUCGCAAGAUUGCUACUGCAUCCCAGCUUGCCGACAUCCUCACCAAAGCUUUGGGCGCGGAGCAGUUUCAUUUCCUCUUGUCCAAGCUUGGCAUUCGUGACCUUCAUGCUACAGCUUGAGGGGGAGUAUUGAGAUGAGUAAUUAGUCACAUUGAUUAAUUAUGUGAACCAUUUUGUAAUUUGCCUCUUAUGCUAGAGCUGCCCUAGUUUACUGUCGUUGGGUACUUAUAUUUGGCUCUAGCAUAAUGGUUUUGUAACUGGAAUACGGCGCAGCCACUUUCUGCUGUUGCUUAGUAAACACCAAUCGAGAGCUCUGCUCUCCGUGGAUUAGUCCUGUUCAAUUGAACAGGGAUACCACGUAAAUCGUGCGUCGUUUUCUUUCCGCGUUUUACUUAUUUUCACUGUGUAAGACUUUGGAAGCCAUGGGGGUUCCAGAUUUUUGAAGUGGAUUAGAGGGCUGACCUCCUCGACAAAGCUCUCUGUACUUGUCAAUGGCAAGGCUUUCGUUUCUUCGGGAUGCAAAGAGGUGCUAAACAAGGAGACCUCCUCUCCCCUUUCCUGUUUAACUUCAGAAUGGACAUACUCUCGUUCAUCUUAAAUGAAAUCUUCAAUGCUAGUUUUAGAUCAGGAUUCUGUGCUGAUGAGAACACUCGCAGGGGGUGAGGCAAGUAGUCACUUGCUCUAUGCGGAUGAUGCGAUAAUAUUUUGCGAAGCAUCCGAUGACGAAGUGAUGAAUAUAUUGGUGACUCUUAUAUGUUUUCAGAGUGUCACCGUGAUAAAAGGUUAACCAUGAGAAAUCUCGGAUUUUCCCUAUUGGUGAAAUACAAAACAUCGAAAGAUUGGCUGAAUUUUUGGGAUGUGAAUGGGAAUACUUGUCGGCUGUUUACCUCGGAUUUUCGCUAGGAGCCUCUCCUUCUUCCCCAUCCUUCUGGAACAAGAUCAUCAACAAAAUGAAAAGAAGACUUAAUGGAUGGAAAGGUAAUUAUCUCUCACUUGGUGGCAGAAUUAUGUUGAAUAGUACUGGCUAGGCAGUGCCUCUGUAUGAGUUCACUCUUCCUAGCUCCCAAAGGUGUGAUCAAAACCAUGGAAAGAGUACAUAGAGAGUUCAUAUGGUCAGACCUUUAAGAAAAGAAGAAAUUCCAUUUUGUUUCAUGGCAAGUAUGCAACACUCAAAUGAGAUGGGCGUGGAUAGGGAAUUAGGGACUUGGAGACUCACAAUAUCGCAUUAUUGUACAAGUGGUGGCAGAAAUUUGCCCAAGAAAUAUAUUCUUGGAGAGAACUUAUCUCAAUUAAGUUCCCCAACCCAAAUUCAAAAUGAAUGCCCAGAGAAGUUCAAGGGGGGUUGGCUGUAGUCCCUGGUCACAGAUAGUUAAACUAAGGAGUACAUUCUAGAGAAUGAUGCACAUCGAACAAGGCCAAGGUUCAUGGACAUCCUUUAACACAGGAUAAACUCAAGAGUAAGGGUUUCAGUUUCCCUAACAGGUGUGCCCUGUGUGAGAUGGAGGAAGAAACAGUUAACCAUUUGUUCACCAGCUUCAAGUUCUCGAAUGAAGUUUGGAGGCUAUUGAGCAACUAUGUCAAGAUUGAAGGUGAUGGAUGCAACGAUGUGGAUAUUACUGUAACAAUCAACAAGUGGUCGUACUGCAAACUGUCAAGCCCGAUCCAAUGGUGUGCUCGGACUGCAUUACAUGCUUACUGUUGGAAUCUUUGGAUAGAGAGGAAUGCAAGAAUCUUCAAUGGCAAGAUGACACUAGUUGCAGGAUUGGACAAGCAAUUACGAGAUGGUUGGUUGUAGCAUAGAAGGUGUAGAGAAGAGUGCCGAAGGAUUGGCUUAAAGUACUAAGAGGCAGGUUACUCCCCGCUUCAAGUAAGCUAUUAGCAGUGCAAGUAUUGGAUAAUGCCUCAGCACUGUGUAGAUAGCUCUACACUCGACACACUAUCACUGUAUAUGGCUGCUCUGCCAUGACGAGCCGUUUCCUCCCCUGCCAGUCCAAUAAUACGGAAGGCUCUGC